GGGGGCGGGACAUCAAGCCGUCACUGGACCCCGCUUAGUCCGCGCGCCCGGCGGCCCGGCUUUGCAGGACUCCCGGCUUUAGGGUGAAGAGCCAGUGAAAUUAGUGGAGGCUGCAGACCUCUCAGGGACUGUCAAAGCACAGCGACGGACCGUAGAGCGACCCGCCGGUGCCUUCUGGAGGUUCCGUUCAAGUCGGCUCUCCCUUAAAAUGCCGCUCCUCCCGCCUCUCGCCUUCGCCGUCGUGAAGUCAGAAGUGACUCGGGGCCAGUGACGGCCCUCGCUAACUGUCGGGUGAGCCUGUCUUCCCCGGACGCCGCUCGCUCAGGAGAGCACUGGCCCUUUAACGCCGGCCCGGCCCGCCAGGUGCGCCCGCCCCUUUGGGCGUGUCCCGCGCGCCCAUUGGCCUACGUGUCGGCGCGCCCGGUGCUGAUUGGGCGGCGUGGCAGGAAGUCCGCGCCCGACCGCGGCGCGGAGCAGAGAUGGCGGCGGCGGCGCCCGAGCUGCGGGCGGAGAUGGACGCCGUGCUCCUGCGGCUGUUCGGGGACCUGGAGGAGCUGGAGGCCAAGCGGGGGACGCUGAACGCCCGAGUGGAGGAGGGCUGGCUGUCGCUGUCCAAGGCUCGCUACGCCAUGGGCGCCAAGGCGGUGGGGCGGCUGCAGUUCGCGUCCCGCAUGGAGCCGCUGCUGCGCGUCUCCACCUGCGAGGCCCCAGGCGAAGCCCGCAAGUUCUGGGCGGUGAAGGCCGGAGCCCAGGCCCCGGAGGACGUGGGGCCCCGCGACGCAGCUCUACGUAGGCGCAAGGGUCUCCCUCGGACCCCAGAGCCAGAGGCAGCCUCCACCCCCCAGGACCCUCUGAACUGGUUUGGCAUCCUGGUCCCUCACAGUCUGCGGCAGGCCCAGGCCAGCUUCCGAGACGGCCUGCAGCUGGCUGCGGACAUAGCCAGCCUCCAGGCCCGUGUGGACCGGGGUCGAAGCCAGCUCCGGGAGCUCCAGGAGAAACUCAGGCAGCUGGAGCCCGGGGCUGCCUAGCCUGGGACCACAGAGGCGGGGCAGUGCAGCUGCCUCCCUGCCUACAGAGCCCCCCACCCCACCCCACUGCACCCCUGCCCCCAGAGCUCCUCCAGUCUGCACCUCCCCGCCUCCCUCGGCAAGGUGCGGCCACUUGAAGUUCACUGAGUAAUGUUGAGCGUCACUGCUGGGAACCCGAUUUUAGGUUCUAUCGUAAGCCACCCACAGGGAGCCAGUGAAGUGCAGUCACACUGAGUGGGCAGCUAGAUCAGACCUCACGGACAGGUCCCUCCAGUCUCACUGCAGGAAGAAACACUUGCACAGCCAGGGGCAGGGAAGGGCAGAAGCAGGUGCCUCAGUCCCCCCCCCCUCCAGUGUGAUCUCCGGAGGAGAAAGCACACACUGACAUAGCAGGAUGGUGUAGCCCCUGGGUGGUAAAAGCACAGACAAGUGGCCUGCACUCUCCACGGGUGUGACUAGCUAAGACAGUCUUGGAAGCCAGUGUUGCCCAGACUGAACACAAACGGCAGAGUAAAUGUCGGUGCGUUGUAAUCAGAAAGUAGGAAAGAUGUGAGUGAGGUUUCCAUCCAGGGCUCUCUCGGGAGAGACGGGCCCCGCAGUUUCCUGAAGGGGCUCCAGGGCGCUCCCUCUCCGUGCCUCACUUCCCCGCUGGGCUGUUUCCAGUUGAACUUUCUGUCUCAGGGAGAUGAGUCCUUUGUUCAUGACGUGAGUUGUAAAUAAUCUCCUCCUCCCCCCAUCUGUCUUUUAACUCCUAAUGGUUUUGUAAAACUCAAUUGUAAAAUAAAAUCUCAAACUGCA